CACCAAAUCCCGCAAAUUUAAAAACCCAUCUCUCACAACUUGUGCUCUUCAAUACCCAGAUCUUCAUUUCUGUCGAUUCCAUCAAAUUCUCCCAUCAUCUUGAUCAAAGUCCCAGCUUGUUUCCCAUGGUGUUCUGUUUCUUCAUACUUCUAACUUCUAACUCCAUAUAAACACACAGCUCAAAAUCUCAAACUCGAUCAUGGGAUACCAGCAAAACCGCGUGAGAUUGAACGUAGGAGGCAGAAUCUUCGAAACAACCGUCACAACUCUCGCCAAUGCCGGCCGGAACUCCCUCUUCGGCGCCAUGUUCGACGACAGCUGGAACCUCCGGUCAGACACCAACACCAACCCAACCAACGAGUACUUCAUCGACCGCAACCCUGAUUGCUUUGCUGUGCUCCUCGAUCUUCUCAGAACUAACGAACUCUGCGUCCCUACCAAUAUGUCCGAAAAGCUCCUAUACAGAGAGGCCUUGUAUUACGGCCUGUUGGACCACGUACGGUCCGCCAAGUGGGGACCGUUCGAUGCCAACAGGCUUAGGCUCUCCGGAACCGUCGCCGGGCAAGCUCCCGGCGACGGAACCGCCAUCCGGGCUGGCCCGGAUGGCGGGUGCUGUGUUGCUCAUGGUUGUAUGGUCCAUGUGUAUGACUGGAUGAUGGAUGAGCACCCUCCUAUUAGUCUUGACUAUCAGAGAGUCAAUGACGUGGGAUGGCUGGAUUCCGAGAACAUAGUCGUGAGUGUUUGCGAGAGAAUGGGCCGCGGCGACGGCGGGAUAGGGCUGUUCAGCUCGUCGAGUGGGGAGCUGAGGGACAAGUUUCAGGUGAGUCACGAGAAUCAGGUGAAGAGUUACACUGCUGGAGCGUUGAGUUUCAGCUCGGAAGAUUAUAAGAUAUUUUCGAGCUGUAAAGGGAGGAGCAAUGAGUAUGGGAUUGGAGUGUGGGAUCAGAUAACAGGGAAGCAGACUGAUUUCUUCUACGAGCCGCUGGGGUGGUCUCUUGGUGAUGCUGAUAAGUUGCAGUGGCUGAACGGGAGUAAUUGUUUGCUGGUGGCGACUUUGUUUCCUAGGAAAGACAACUGUUACAUUAGCCUGUUGGAUUUUCGAGAGAAGAAGAUGGUGUGGUCUUGGUCCGAUAUGGGAGCUCCUGUAAUGGUGGACGAGAAGAGGGUUAGGGAUGCGAUAGCCAUGGAAGAGAGUAACGCAAUCUGUGUUGUGAAUGAGUAUGAGGAUUUGGGGUUUAUUGAUAUAAGAAACUCUGGGGGGAGUAUUAGGUGGAGCUCGAGGAGUAAGCUCAUGAAGGGGAAAAUGCCUGAUGAGCCUUGCUACCCUAAGCUUGCAUUACAUGAAGGGCAACUGUUUUCGUCCAUGAAUGAUUCGAUUUCAGUGUUCUGUGGACCUGAUUGGGUUUUGACAUCAAGGCUUCGAAGAAGCUAUGGAGGUUCGAUUUGUGAUUUUUCGAUUGGAGGGGAUCGGCUUUUUGCUCUUCAUAGCGAGGAGAAUGUGUUUGAUAUAUGGGAGACUCUGCCUGCGCCGAUUAUAUGAUGAUUAAACUUAUAGUUUGGUUGUUCUUAAAGAGUGUUUUUCCUUCAUUUCUGACAUAUACAAUACAUAGUUUUCCCAGUAUUGUUUUAGACUACAGCAGAUGUUGAAGCAGUAGUAGGUUUAGUUAACUCAGAGAAUGCUUCGGACUUCUGCUGGUGUAUAGGGUUUUCUC